UAAUGUUUCAUAAACAAUAAAUAAUAUUUUUAAUUUAAUUAAAUAGUACAUAAGCGUCAAUUAAAUAAAGCUCAGAAUUUUCAGCUUUAUCACUGCUCUUUAUCUAGAUGGCGCUUUGAUCGAAAUUAUACAGUGUGAUCGAAUUCGACGCUCGAAGCUGGCGUCAAGCGUCAUCGUGAAAUCGCACCUUGAGCUAAAUCCUGACGGCAACACUGCUCAGGACUUAGUUUGGCUGAACACGCUCAUUGUAGAUGUUUUAUAUUUUAUAUUAGAAAUCAAGGUCCUAGUACCAUUCAGUAUUCAAGAUGAGUGAAGAAGCAGUUAUUCUAAAUGAAAAGAUCAACUACGAAUGCUCAUUAGUCAUUCAAGAAAAGAAUCAGUGAAGUAAUUCUGAUUUUUUUAGUAUUCAACAUGGUCUGGAUUUCAAAUUCAAUAUUUCCGCUCGAAAAAAUGAAAAAUACAGAUUAGACAUUAAAGUAACAAAAUUUUUUACUAAAUCAGCGAUUGCAAUCAUCGAAUUAACAAUAGAUAAUAUGAUACCAAUCAGAAAAGACAUUACUAAUUGGACAGAUGAUAUUAUGUUUGAAGAUUUAGUGAUCCCAUCGAACAGUCAUAGGUGCAAGUUAAACAAUUCGCCGAUGAUAAGAUUCAGGAAUUUGGAUACAUGUAAUAAAGAAUCGACGGCUCUUCAUGAAUAUGAUAUACUAAUAAAUUGUUCAAUAAUUUGGCAAGCAUUUACCGAUGACACAUUGAGCGCAAAGUCAUACAAAAAUAUGGAAGCUUAUUUCAAAAAUUCAGAAUUCAGUGACGUGAAAAUCCGAGCAAAAAAUAAUGAAGAAUUUCCAGCUCAUAAAAUUAUUUUAUCUUCCAACAGUUCAGUAUUCAAACAAAUGUUAACAAUAGAUAUGAAAGAAAAAAAAGAAAACUUUAUUAAUCUUCCGGAACUCGAUGCUGAUAUUAUUAAGGAGUUACUUUACUUUUUAUAUCACGGAAAAUUGGACAAGGCUAGUGAGAAUAACGCUAUUUUAUUGGAAUUAGUAAAAGUUGCUGAUAUGUACUGCAUAUCUGAGUUGAAGCGUGUCUGUGACUUAUCACUGAGUAACAAUUUAUCACUUGAUAAUGUUAUCUCAUUAUUGGAAGUGUCCCAAGCUUAUAAAUUACUUAUUUUGAAACAACGAGCUUUGAUUUACAUCACCAAUAAUGUGAAUUCAUUAUGUUUACAGGAAAUGUAAAUUAUUGUUUCAUUCUUUGGCAGAUAAAUUUUUUUUUUUUUAUUUUUUCUCCUCAAAACUAUUUUUUUUUUUUUAUUAAUUUCACAAAUUUUGAUUGUCAAAACUUCAUGUAAGGUUAUGAGGAAAUUGAUAUAUAAUUAUUAUUUUAUGUAUGAACAAAAAAUGUAA